CGAGGCGGGAGAGCGAGCGGCGACUUCCCCCGCCAUUCCCCUUGACUCUCUUUUCCUUCUUUUCCUUCUUCUUCUUCUUUAAUUUUCUUCUUUUCUUUAAUUUUCUCGUAAGGAAAGAAAGAAAAAAAAAACUCGUAAGGAAAGAAAAAGGAAAAAGAAGGAAAAACACGAACGAGGAGAAGAAAGAAAAAAAACAGCGGGAGCAACGGAAAAUAGAAGAAAUUCAAAGAUCAAAAUCCGAUUUUCUCCCAAUUAGUUUGACCUCCCCGUAACCGUUUCUCACCAACAUCAUUAUUCUUCUCUUCCUCCUCCUUUCUCCCUCGCUCUUUUCCUCAGUUUCCCCAGCUCUCCAUUCCUUCUCUCCGAUUUUUCCAUCCUCCUCUGUCGUCUCUCUUUCCCCAUGAUAUGGAUUUCCGACCGUCGUUAAUUACGCUACCGCUCGUUCUCCUCCACCAGCACCGACGAGCUGCCAUGGAAAGAACGGAAGCGAUCGGCAUUUGAAUUUGUGUUUCUCCUACGCUGUUCAAUUUUCUUCUUCUUCUUCUUUUUUCCUUGUGUUCCUUUCGGAGGAACAUGAUUGUUGUUUUGAUUUCUCGCCACCAUGCGCUGGCCAAGCCUCUCCGCGUUCUCUUUCUCUUCCGCGCCUUCCUCUUCCGUAACUUCUGCUAAACCCGCCGCCGUCGCCGACGAAACGGCGCUUCAAAACCACAAGAAGAAUGGUCAGAACCUCCGCAGCAGCACCUUCGGCUUCCGAUUCAGUUCCAGCCCCGGCAGCACCCCCAAGCUCACGCGCCAGCGCAAGCUCCGCCAUCUGACCGACAAGGAUGUCGCCAGCAGCGACGGCAUCCCUGCCUCCUCCAGAUCGUCGCCGCCCGAGCCGCUCAAGCUCUCGCGGUCUCAAAGCACUUCCUCGUCGCCGCCGAGGAUCUCCACCAGGGUGCCGCCUACCUCUCCUGUCCCCGUCCCCGUCCCUCUCCCUUUGCCCCAAGAGCACGAUUCUUCUCGAGAGAGAAAUAAUGGCGGUGGAAUCGGCCCUUCUCUUUCCACUUCCGCGCCUUCCAGUGUAUUGGUUGGCCGAGAAACAAAGAAGGCAGAGCAGCAGCACCAGGAGACGAGGUCCAGUCUAGAUUUAAGCAAUUAUAGGCACAACAAAGCCGCUAAGAGUACAUCUGAUACUCCGUAUGCAAGUCCCGAAAUCAGUCCACAGAGGAUAAGGCAUGCUUUCAUCACAUCUCCAUACAACAACCUGAUUCCAAACGGGAAGCAAGGUUGGUCUGCACCCGAGAUGGCUACACUAGAUAUACCAGGGCUCCCACCACCUGCAUUCUUAGAUUUGAGUAGUGAUAGUUCGCCCAUUCAAAGCCCGGCAGCAACCAGAAGUCCUCCAUCUCCUGUGGCUGCUAGAACUUCGUUUGAGACUUCAACUGCCAGGCAACGUGACAACAAUGCAAGUGUAGAGGUCCACAAGUUGCCUCUUCCUCCAGGAGCGAAUCUGUUAUCUCCAACGCCGACUGCUGCUGCUGCUGUUGCUGUCGUUCCUCCUGUUGCCGCUGCUGCUAAACAAGAGUUUGUACCCAUGAAAAGUCAGUGGCAGAAAGGGAAGCUUAUUGGGCGCGGUACAUUCGGAAGUGUUUAUGUUGCCAACAACAGGGAAACUGGGGCCUUAUGUGCGAUGAAGGAGGUUGAUAUGUUUCCUGAUGAUCCAAAAUCUCAAGAAUGCAUAAAGCAACUAGAGCAGGAGAUUAAAGUUCUUAGCCAGUUGAAGCAUCCAAACAUUGUGCAGUAUUAUGGUAGUGAAAUAGUUGAGGACCACUUUUAUAUCUAUUUAGAAUACGUCCAUCCCGGUUCAAUCAAUAAGUAUGUCCGUGAUCAUUGUGGAGCUGUAACAGAAUCCAUCGUUCGUAGUUUUACCCGCCAUAUCCUCUCUGGAUUGGCAUACUUGCAUACCAUGAAGACAGUACACAGGGACAUAAAAGGAGCAAAUUUGCUUGUGGAUGCAUCUGGGGUUGUAAAGCUAGCAGAUUUUGGGAUGUCAAAACAUCUUACUGGACCAGUAGCUGAGCUUUCAUUGAAGGGAAGUCCUUACUGGAUGGCACCAGAGCUUAUGCAAGCUGUUAUGCAGAAGGACAAUAACUCUGAUCUUGCACUUGCUGUUGACAUUUGGAGCUUAGGCUGCACGAUCAUUGAAAUGUUCACUGGGAAACCUCCUUGGAGUGAGUUUGAGGGUGCCGCAGCUAUGUUCAAAGUAAUGAGGGACACUCCACCUGUACCCGAAACAUUGUCAGCCGAUGGCAAGGAUUUCCUUCUUUGGUGCUUCAAAAGAAACCCUGCAGAGCGGCCGUCAGCUAGCUUGUUACUAGAACAUCGGUGGUUAAAACAGCUGCAUGAUGUUCCACCCUCAUCUACACCACAAAUCAAUGGCACUAAACCAAUGGACACGAGCCGUAGCCUUAGAGUGACUGAUUGCAGCACUAGUAGGGCCGAUCCAUUGCCACCAAAACUUCCAACCUCACGAAGCUCCAAAGGGAAGUUCGUCUCUGACAACCCUCCGAUGUUAAAUACUCGUGCUGUUCAGCAAGAGCGCCCAAUGAUCUCAUGAGAGUUGAGACCCCCAACAUGAUCCCCUGGCAGUAGUUUUCCCCUGAUUUUUGGGGCAGGGUUCUCUCAAUUGGAAAGGAACUCAGUCCGAUCACAGCAGCAAACCUCGGCCUAGUGUAUUUUGCAUGGCGACGAAGUAAGCUGACUAGAGGAAUAGAGAAUCGAAGUCCCUCCCAAUUGGCAAAUGUAUACAUAUGUACUAUAUAAUUUUUGAGCCAAUUCAGGGCAGUACCCUUAGCUUAGAUGAGGGGUAUCCUGACUGAUUGGUUUCUUAUACGGAUUCUUCUUCCCAGCUGCCAGGGCGGUGAUGGUGACUGCGAAGGUGGAGAGAAGAAGAAGAGGAGGAGGAAGGUGUUGUUUUGCCUCCAUCUCUAAUGUUUGUGUAAUAUAAUGUUGAGGGAAGCAGACUGUGUAGAGACAGUGUAGGAGAAAAGGCAAGACUGGAAAAAGGAAGAGUGAUCUUUCUUGCCUUUUAUUUGAAGGUGUUUACACCUAAAAAUAAUUUGGCUUUAGUUAGCGCCCGCGUCGCGAGAUUAACGAUGCUGGUGAUAAACAAUUUCAGCGGUG